AUGGCAGGACACAGCCCAAGCCCAAGCCCCGAGGGAACGCUGGCCGACCCCGCAGAGAAAUAUCCCCAAGAUCCCCCGCAGGAUCUCGACCUGGAGAAAACCCCCACAACUGCCGAGUCAGUUCUGGGACAACCACCAACCCGCCAGGUUCUGCCAGAAAGCGACCUCGAUCAUGGAAUUGUCGGCUGGGAGGGCCAGGAUGACCCGGCGCAUCCCCUGAACUUCCCUCCAUCGCGGAAAUGGACGCUGCUCGGCUUGGUGAGCGCCGUCACCUUCAUCUCACCCCUAGCCUCUAGCAUGUUCUCGCCGGCUUUGAAGUCACUGUCGGAUGACCUGGGCAUCACGGAUCAGACACUGCUCUCGUUAAGCGUCAGCAUUUACUUGCUGGGUUAUACUAUUGGCCCUAUGCUGCUCGCGCCGCUGAGUGAGAUCUACGGUCGCAGACUCAUCUUGAGUUGUGCAAAUUGGUUCUUUGUCAUCUGGCAGAUCGGAUGUGCCCUGGCGCCGAACAUCGCCUGCUUGAUUGUCUUCCGAUUCUUCGCUGGGAUGGGCGGUUCUGGAUGUAUCACCCUGGGCGCCGGGGUCAUUGCAGACCUCUUCCCUGUCCACCAACGCGGAGUUGCAACAUCUAUUUGGAGUAUGGGUCCAUUACUUGGACCGGUCGUUGGUCCUAUCGCUGGAGGUUUUGUCGGCCAGGCACUGGGCUGGCGCUGGGUCUUCUGGAUUCUGUUAAUCGCCGGCGGCGUCUUGUCGUUAAGCAUUGAGAUAUUCAACAGGGAGACGUAUGCGCCGGUCCUUACGCGCUGGAAGACAGCGAAGCUCGCGAAAGAGUUGGGUCGAACUGACCUGCGCAGUGCUUAUGACUUGGAGGGCCGCGGCGUAUCCGUUGCCAGCGCUCUCAAGCUCGGCAUGAAGCGCCCUAUGGUGCUCUUGUUCAAAUCCCCCAUUGUACUGUUCCUGGCAACGUACAUGGCUCUCAUCUAUGGGCUCCUCUAUCUGUUCUUCACGACAAUCCCCAGCGUAUUCGAAAACCAAUACGGCUUUUCGCCUGGCCUCACGGGCCUUGCAUAUAUCGGUAUCGGAGUAGGCUUCUUCUCAGGGCUGGUGACCACAGCAUUGACGAGCGACAAAGUCCUGAUGAAGCUCGCGGCUCGCAAUGGCGGGAAACUGGAGCCUGAAAUGCGUCUGCCUGCACUUGUCUUCUGGGCGUGCCUGCUCCCCAUCAGCUUCUUCUGGUAUGGAUGGACGGCCGAGAACAAGGUGCAUUGGAUUGUGCCUAUUAUUGGAAUGGCUCCGUUUGGUAUUGGCAUGAUGGGCGUGUACAUGCCUAUCCAGAUCUAUACCAUCGACUGCUAUCCCGCAUAUGCCGCCUCUGCGAAUGCGGCUUUGACGGCGUCCAGGUCGCUUGUUGGCGCGUUGCUACCGCUUGCCGGACCGAAGAUGUUCGGUACCCUUGGUCUAGGCUGGGGAAACUCUUUGCUCGGAUUCAUAGCGUUGGCGUUCGUGCCCAUUGCCAUCUUGCUCACGCGAUAUGGGAAGAAGAUCCGUGAGAAGUUUCAGGUUGACCUCGAAACCUAG